UCCAAUGUUUAAAAUACAUUAUCUUGUUGACUCACAUUCAAUUUAUACAACUUGUUUCAUACUGAUUAAUCACUACCUUAUCAUUAUCAGAUAAAAAAGAUCCAGAUCAAUUCGAAAAUGGACCAAAAUCAUCACGAAAUCCCCACUAGAAAUGUUCUUCAACCUCAUGUACUAAUCUUUCCCAUACCAUUCCAAGGCCCGGUUAACUGCGCUCUCAAGUUAGCCGAACUCCUUUGUCUUUCCGGCAUCCAUGUCACCUUCCUCAACACCGAUCACAUUCACCGCCCACUCCUCCGCCACAGCCAUGUCUUAUCCCGAUUCAACCGCUACCCAAACUUCAAAUUUGAGACAAUCCCUGAUGGACUCGAGGAUGAAAACCCUGUCACCGGAGACCGAUUUGAAGAAGUUAUGGCAGCUAUAGAUGCUGUGACCAAACCACUUUUCCGGGAGAUGAUGAUUUCCGGUAGCCUGAGUAGGAGAUCGGAGCAUCCAGUGACGAUGAUGAUACCCGAUGAGGUGUAUAGUUUUGCUGUGGAAGUAGCGGUAGAGACGUCGAUUCCUCUGUUUUUCUUUGCAACCCUUAGUCCAUGCUGCUUGUGGACUUCUCAUUUCAAUCUUGCUGCUCUUAUUGAAGCUGGCCAUGUUCCGGUUAAAGAGAACGAUUUAGAUGAACUGGUUAAAGAUGUCCCCGGAAUGGAACAUAUUCUCCGAAAACGGGAUCUUGCUGCUUUUUGUCGUAUUAAUGACAUAUCGGACCCUGAAAUUCAACGAACAUUAAAAGAAGCUCAAACCCUUCCUCGAGCUCAAGGUCUCAUACUCAAUACAUUCGAUGACUUGGAUUCUCUUGUACUCCCAUACAUACGAAAGCUUUGUCCAAAUAUAUACACCAUAGGCCCAUUACACGCUCUCCAUAAAGCUCAACUCACGCCAUCGGAAUCCUCAGAAACCACUUUAUCAAACAGUGUUUGGAAGGAAGAUAGAACUUGCCUCUCAUGGCUCGACAAACACCCACCAAAAACUGUUGUUUACAUCAGUAUCGGGAGUCUUUCAACCAUGAGUGUUGACCAAAUGCUCGAAAUAUGGCAUGGUUUGGUUAAUAGUCGGAAACCCUUUUUAUGGGUGAGACGUCCAGGGUCAAUAACAGGUGGGUACGACGAGUCUCAAGUUGAAAGUCAGCUACUGGAGGUUACGAAAGAAAUGGGGUGCAUUGUAGAUUGGGCACCACAAGAAGAUGUCCUCGCACAUUGUGCUGUUGGUGGGUUUUUGACACAUAGUGGGUGGAACUCCACUAUGGAGAGUAUAGUUCAGGGUGUUCCGAUGAUCUGUUGGCCGUUCUAUGUAGACCAACAGCCAAAUAGUCGAUUUGUGGGAGAGGUAUGGAAGCUCGGAAUUGACAUGAAAGAUACUUGUGAUCGUUUGAUUGUUGAAAAGGCAGUGAGGGAUAUCAUGGACGGAAAACGCGAUAUAUUUGCACAAGUCACGAGUUCUUGGGCAAAUCUUGCAAAAGAAUCGAUAAGCGAUAGGGGGUCGUCAUCCAUAAGUUUGGCCCGUUUGAUCGAUGAUAUAAGACUCAUGAGCUCGACCAUAUGAAUUGUGUGUGUGAACCAACAUGUAGGGUUAUUUAUUAUACCCUUUCAUCCACUUUAUGUUACCUAAUGAUUUUCGCUAACUUUUAUUAUCUCAUCAUUUGGCUAA